ACCAGCAGGGAGCGCUGUUGGGGCGGGUGGUCUGCUCGGAGUUCUCGGGCUGUAGUCAAGUAUUGACAGGCAGUCUGAGGGUGAAUCCGUGGGACACUGAGAAAGUGCUCAAUAUGCUAGAUGAGAGUCUUACGCUUCCUAUGCAGGAACUAACGAGCCGGUUCGCAAGAGACAUUUCGUAUGUGACUAGUCAUAGCCUGUUGAGAUGGGCUCAGGGUAUCAUCAACGACUUGGCGCGAUGCAGGGCCCAUUAUAUGUCGAGAAUGUCCAAUCCCGAUGCUGACAAGGAGGUUGCCUGGGGAGUCCGGGGUAGCGGCCAAGUCCUGGCACAAAUCGACGAUCAUAAUUUCUUCAAACUGGAUGUCCCUCGAGUUGUGAGGGACUAUAGUAAGGCCCAGAGGAGGAUAUUCUUUCUGGAUAAUGAGGGCACCCUGGCACCAGACUUGAGGCGCAUGUUUAGGCAUUCGGAACCUGAAGUGAAUGCAGAGUCCAGUGCGUUGAUGUCCCACGGCAACCCACCCUCAGCAGCAGUAUUGGACGCCUUGUCGAAGCUGUGUAGUGACCCUAGGAAUACG